AUGCCGGCGAAACCUUUCUCGGCUGUCACGGUCCAGGUAGAUCGGUUGACAAGUGAACAAUACGAAGAGAAUGGCAUCGGUGGCGUCGUCGACCUCAUCGAAGUCAUCCGUAUCCAGUCAACCGGUCCUACAGAGGCAGCUCGAGCUUUACGGAAGAAGCUAAAGUAUGGAGAUGCGCAUCGUCAGAUUCGUGCGUUGGUCAUACUCGACGCUUUGAUUCAAAACGCAGGUUCCAGGUUCCAGAAAGCUUUCGCCGACGAGCCCCUUUUGGAACGUUUACGCAUCUUAGCGCGUGACGAGGCGGUCGAUGUUGACGUUCGCAAGCGAGUGAACGUUCUCUUCCGGCAGUGGGCAGUCGCAUACAAAGGAACACCUGGUCUAGAGCGCAUUGCAGCCCUGCACAAGGAACUUCCUCGCAAAAGCCGACCUCAGCCGCAGCAAUCACGAAUUAUCCGCGAGCAAGAUGCAGAAGCAGCUCGCGAACGUGAAGAACACUCGCCGCAACCUGCCCCUCAGCCUCGGAGACCUGAUCCUCCACACACAUCUUCGUCAUCAAGUAGACCCGUGGCACUAGGUUCCACCACAUCCUCCGGCGGCUCUUCGUUGUUCAGUAGAAGCAAGAAGGAUAAGAAGACUCCGAAAGGGCAGAAGUUCAAUCUCGAGAGAGAAAAGGGUCAGAUGCUCGAAACAAUGGCAUCGGCCAAUGUCGCUAGCGCAAAUCUGUUGAACGGAUUGCAGCUCAUCAACCGAGAACAGCAGCGAGUCAGCGAAAAUCCAGAGGUCAUGAGGCGUUUCGAGACCUGCAAGCAGCUCCGCCGCCAGAUUUUGCGCUACAUCCAUCUUGUUGAGUCUGAGCAGUACAUCGGUGGUCUGCUGAAUGCGAACGAUGAGCUUGUGAAAGGGCUCAUGGCUUUUGAAAUCAUGGACAAGAGCAUAGACGAUGAUGACAGUGACAGUGAGGAAGAGUCCGACAUUACUCAGGCUAAACUGGCCAGCUUGGAGAUGCAGGAAGAGGCUCCUCCUGCGAAGCCACCCAGGCCAAUGAGCAUCCCUAUGCCUCCUGCUGCUCCUGCUCCUCCAGCAAGCAAGCGACGAGCUGAACCGGAUAGUGAACCAGAAGAUGAUGACGAUCCGUUUGGGGAUAGCAACGCUGUUACAACGCCAUGGGCUGAAAAAAAGGAGCCGAACUGGCGAGAUGUAUGA